AUGGAAGAGCUGCGGAAACGGCGGGUUUCCCAGGACCUGGAUGUGGAGAAACCCGAUGCCAGCCCCACGUCACUUCAGCUGCGGUCCCAGAUCGAAGAGUCGCUUGGCUUCUGCAGUGCCGUGUCUACACCAGAAGUGGAGAGAAAGAACCCUCUUCACAAAUCAAACUCAGACGACAGUUCUGUAGGAAAAGGAGAUUGGAAGAAGAAAAAUAAGCAUUUCUGGCAGAACUUUCGAAAGAACCAGAAAGGAAUAAUGAGGCACACUUCAAAAGGAGAAGACGUUGGAUACGUUGCAAGUGAGAUAACAAUGAGUGAUGAAGAACGCAUUCAGCUCAUGAUGAUGGUUAAAGAAAAGAUGAUCACCAUUGAGGAGGCACUGGCCAGGCUCAAAGAGUACGAGGCGCAGAACCGGCAGUCAGCUACCUUGGACCCUGCUGACUGGCCAGACGGUUCCUACCCGACGUUUGAUGGCUCCUCGAACUGCAAUGUAAGUUUGCCAUUUCUUGAGGAUCUGCACCACCUCUACUACUAAGGGACAGCCCACACAAUUUCUUUUGAAUUUGUUUUCACAACUCCCACCUGGCUCUGCAAAGCGGUAUCUCUUCUUACAGGUUACUCAGUUUUCUCUACCUGAUAGAGACUCAGCUACAGUCAGAAUAGUGCUAUUCAUGCUGGGGUUUUUGUUUUAAUUGUAGUAGAGUGUACGAGAAUAUGUCAGAAAGUUCAUGA